UGAUCAUCGUACUGCCCAUCGUCAACAAUAAGACGCAGCAAAAUGGAAAAAUCUAAGAAAUCAAAGGCGAACAAAAAAUCAAAAGACAGUGCGCUAACAGUGAAGCUAAACAAAACACAACAGAAGCAAAAAGAAGUCAACCGCGUGUUAAAACUCAAGCAUGAAAUAUUGCUUAAAUCCGAAGUUUCCUAUUUGGAAUAUAUAGAAAUGCGUUCGGAAUUGGAACGAUUGAACGCACUAAAAGAGACAUUUACGCGACGUGUUGAAAAAUUAAAACAACAGGCAAAGUAGUUCAUCAUUCGAGAACUUUUAAGUUUUUAAGUC